AUGGCCAAGGCCAACGAUCUCCUUCUACCCUUCUUCCUCGCCUACCUCCUCGCAGCCCGGUCGGCAUUCGCCACCGCCCGGGAGUCGUUCGGGCAGCAGCAGGGCUGGUGCCAGAUUCGCAGCAUCGAUGCCCGUGAGCCGUCCGAUCGCAUCCAAGCCGAGGGUGGCACCACCGAGUUUUGGAACCACGACGAAGACCAAUUCCGGUGUGCUGGAGUCUCCAUCCGCCGCCACAUCAUCAAGCCGCGCGGCCUCCUCCUCCCACUCUACCACAACGCCCCCGUCUUGGUCUACGCCAUUAAAGGUAAGGGCUUAUUUGGGGUGAUGAUUUCCGGGUGUCCGGAGACUUUCGAGUCGUCGUCUUCAUUCGAGAGGUCGGAGGAGGAGAGGAGCCGGAGCCGGAGGUUUAGGGACAGGCAUCAAAAGAUCGAGGAGUUCCGGCAAGGGGAGAUUGCCGCCGUUCCGGCAGGAGCAGCCCAUUGGGCUUACAAUGACGGCAAUGAAGAGCUCGUGCUCGUCAUUUUUCACGACAAUGGAAACAAUGCUAAUCAGCUCGAUCAAAACCCAAGAUCGUUUUUCUUGGCUGGAAAUCCGGCAAGAGGACAACAGCAAGAGCAGUACAAGCAGAGAGAACAGGGCCGGCAGCUGGGGAAUGUUUUCAGGGGUUUUGACACAAAGACUCUAGCGGAGGUUUUCAAGGUGGAUGAGGAGACUGCAAGGAAGCUUCAGGGGCAAAACGAUGAGAGGGGUCAUAUUGUGACGGUUGACGAGGGACUUCAGGUGAUUAAGCCGCCGUCGGAGUACAGCCGUCGUGAAAGGGAGGAGGAGGAGGAGAGGUACUAUGGCGGCAGGCCGGUCAACGGCCUGGAGGAGACUAUCUGCACGGCCAGGAUUAGGGAGGAUCUCGACAAGCCAUCGAGGGCUGACGUGUACAACCCACGGGCCGGGCGGUUCACCACCGCUAACAGCCUGACGUUGCCUAUUCUCAGCUACCUCCGACUGGGCGUGGCCAGGGGAGUUCUCUACAGGAACGGCAUAAUGGCGCCGCUGUGGUACACGAACGCGCAUGCCGUGAUCUACGCGACCCGCGGGGAGUCGGACAUUCAGAUCGUGGACCACACGGGCCGGGCCUUGUUCAACGGGCGGGUGAGAGAGGGGCAGGCGGUGGUGGUGCCGCAGAACUUUGCGGUGGUGAAGCGGGCGUCGGAGGAUCAGGGGUUCGAGUGGGUGGUGUUCUACACCAACGACCAGGCGAUGUAUAGCACGCUGAGCGGGCGGACGUCGGCCAUAAGGGGGCUGCCGGCGGACGUGUUGGCCAACUCGUACCAGAUCUCGAGGGAGGAGGCGCAGCGCCUCAAGAGCUCCAGGCAGGAGACGCUGAUCUUCAGCGGGACCCGCGGCGGGCAGAGGGGGCACAUCACUUGCAACGCGAGUCCCAACAACAACUAUAGGCGAAACACUAAUUCAAGAAAGCAUAAUUUUUCACGCAACAGGAAUAACAAGCCCAAGGAGGACAGAGAAGAUGACUAUGAAGAACAACUCGAUGGGCUCGUGACUACCCUCCCUUCAGAAAACGGGGCCUCUCCUGCCACCUCUAACCAGAGUUUCCGGGGCACCGCCACCCCAGGCGCCCGAGAAAGAGAAAUUGUCGAGCUAUUCAAAAAGGUGCAGGCCAAGAUUCGAGAACGGGCAGCACUGAAAGAAGAAGGGAAAAAAACCGAGACUUCUCAAGGAAAAGAGAAAGAAAGCAAGACAGUCGACUCGCUUCUCAAGCUUUUGAGGAAACACUCAGUCCCGCAGGGGAAGAAAACCCAUUUUCACGAUAAUGAUCAGGAUUUCAUUCUUGAUCAGAAAAAACCCGAGCCCGCUGAUCACGCCAAGGAUGAUGAGAUUCAAGAUAGCCCAAGGAAAAAUCAUAGCCGGCCCAAGUCGAGGUUCCAGAAGAGGUCUCCUGUCCCCGAAAGCAAAUUCCAGCCUGUUUAUUCAGAUGGCUCUGUUAAUUCAAUCUCGGAUGAGAACUUGGAGAAAGAAAGUCAGAUGACUAAUUUAGAGCUGGAAGCUGAUGAGGAGGACGAGGCUCUAUCUGAUGAGUCUGAUGUGGAAGCUCUCUAUCCGGAACUUAGUGAGUUGGAUGAAAUAUCAGGCCUUAACGAUGAAGAUGAAGAUGAAGAUGAAGAUGAAGAUGAAGAUGAAGAUGAAGAUGAAGAUGAAGAUGAAGAUGAAGAUGAAGAUGAAGAUGAAGAUGUAGAUGAAGAUGAAGAUGUAGAUGAACAUGAAGAUGAAGAGGGAGAAGAAGAUAGUUUGGUUGAGGCAGACAAUUUGAGUGGAAAGAAGCUGCCUGAGUUGAGGGCCCUUGCCAAGUCUCGUGGGUUGAAAGGAUACUCGAAGCUGAAAAAAGGUGAGCUUAUUGAGCUGUUGAGUGAGUAA